AUGGCGUCCGAGGCGGAGAUCCAGCUCCCUGUUAUCGACAUCUCCAGUGCAACAGCCGAGGUGGGCAAGCAAGUCAUCGAUGCUGCCAGACAGUAUGGCUUCCUCUACAUUGAUACAGCCAGCAGCUCUUUCUCCAAGGAGGAGAUAGAUUCCACCUUUAAAAUGGUAUCUAUCAUUCUUUCUAUAUUCCAGGGAAACCAAACAUCUAUGUUCAAAACUAACCCCACACAGGCACAAGAAUUCUUCGCCUCCCCUAUCGAGGAGAAAAAGGAGGUAGAGAUCAGGUCGGAUGGCCAGAACAUGGGUUGGACAGCCAUGCACAAAGAGACCCUGGACCCUGAACACCAGCAGGUAGCGACCACGCUUUUCCAUCGCAGCCUGAACUAA